UUGAUCCCUCACAUGAUGACGAUGGGUGAGAGGAAGAUGAGUAGUGGUGAAGCUCCUCCCACCAUCACCAUGGCUCUGAUCAACCCCCAGACCCCCUCCGCCUCAGCCGACACCAAACACUCUUCCACUCAGCAGUUAUCCAUCAGUGUGUGUGCUGCUCUGUACUCCUACAAGCCCCGUCGUUCUGAGGAACUGGAGCUGAGGAAGGGGGAGAUGGUGGGGGUGUAUGGGAAGUUUAAGGAGGGCUGGCUCCGAGGCCUCUCUCUACGGACGGGCAAAGUGGGCAUCCUCCCCGGCAACUACGUCACACCUGUCCUCAGAACUUCUACCAGGCUCUUGGAUUCCAAGGCAGUGACAGCAGGCCCUGGUACAGUCUCUGGAAGAAGAACCUCCUCGUCCUCCAAAACGCCAGCGGUGGUUCUAGCUCUCGACAGGGUCAACUCAGAUGGCACUAGUUACUCUACUGGACAACGGCUACCGCAGCAGUCUGUUUCCAUGGCCACGCAGCCUAUGAUAUCAUCAGGCGGCGCCACCAGACAAUCCCUGCAUGGGGUGAGCUCGGAGGGAUGGGACACAGUGAGGAGGGUCUUCCAUCGUUCACACAGAGGCUCAUCUCAGCGGGGAAAACACUACCCCCACACCACCAUCUCAUCCAGCUCAGCCCUUCAAUCCCAGACCCACAGUCAGAGCUCAUCCCAGAGCUCAUCCCAGUGCAGUAACCACUACCCCCACACUACCAUCGCCACCUCAGGUCUUCAGCCCCAUUCUCAGUCCCAAUCUCACAGCCAGAACUUUAGCCACAUCCAGGGUCCUGGCUUCUCCCCUGCUCUGCUCAGGAAGAAACAACACAUGAGCAUCCUGCCCAAUCACUACAGAUCUCUGGCCUGGAUGUCUGAAGGUCAAGCGCCCCCUAGUGGUAGUUCUAUGAAGGACAGGGACACGGCUGCCAGAGAGUUGUUUGAUAGGCAGGUGUUGGAGACGAGGCAAGCAGCAUCGAAUGGUCAGCACCCCAUACACUCUAUCCUAGUGAGACCAGACGCCCUCAAGAACAACACAGAGAAGCCCACCAAGUCAGUGCGGUUCCUGACCCAGCCUGAUUCCCCUACUCCACGGCACAGGACCACCUCCCUGCCCUCGGGUAGCCAGCCCCCCGCCAGUACCCGGCCUGGUCCACCUCCCCUGGAGGUCUGGGCUCCAUCACUCACACUGGGGCGAGAUGGGCCUGGGAUCAUCCUGAAAGAAGGCAAGGCUCCUGUUCUUCGGAAAGGUCUGGAGACAAACCCCUCUGAUGUUCUGACUUCCAAUCAGAAACCUACCUCUUCAUUAUCAUCAUCAGCACCAUCUGCGUCAAUGCAGUCCAGCAGCCCUAGCAGACACAGAGUUGCGACGUCCUACCAGGCCCAGACAGAGUCAGAAAUGAGCCUGAUGCAGGGUGAGCCUGUCCUGCUUCAUAGACAUCGCCCUGACGGACGGGUUCUGCUCACCCGGGAGAGCAGUGGCCACACGGGCCUCUUCCAUAGCAGUGUUCUACAGUUCCUAGACCGGUUCAGUUGACGGCCUGUAGUGUUUAGUUAUUAUAGGUGUGUUUUUCACAUAGAAAUAGAAUGACUAGAAUGGGGGAAGCCCCUUAGAACGUGACAAUUUGAUAUGCAACUCAUACACUCAUGGGUACAUUCAAUAUGGCCGCCGGCCCACCCCAUCACGUGACGUUGACUUGAAAAGGAAUGUCCAUUCUACAUUUACAUUUACAUUUAAGUCAUUUAGCAGACGCUCUUAUCCAGAGCGACUUACAAAUUGGUGCAUUCAUAUUUCUAUGAAUCUCCACCUGUUGACACUGCCAAACGAGAUGCCAAAUCUGUGGAAGAGUGUGCGUGUGUAUUUUAUGUGUGUUGAAAAUAAGCAUUUCGCUACACUCGCAUUAACAUCUGCUAACCAUGUGUAUGUGACAAAUAAAAUUUGAUUUGAUUUGAAAUAAUAUAUUAUAUUACUGCCAUAUAGUGACCAAAAUGCAAAGGGAAACAAGUUUCCCCCUUGAGAUUCAUUGGACCAGUUUUAAACUGUAGACAGAUAAUUAUAAGGUUCUGAGAUAUAUCUGUGUAUAUGUUGAUGUGCAGAAGCAUGAGUUGCACAUAGAUCUACUGUGUACAGUUAUUUUUACCAAUCCGUUGCACAAAACCACCUCAGACUAAUGUUUUGCAUAAAGAUUGAGUGUUUUCUUUAUUCAAGAGCUAAAGGACACACUGGUCAGUGCCUUUGCAAAGCCCACAGAGUCUAGAUUUGAAAAACAACAACAGUGCUCUUACCAGAGGCUAAAUGUAUAUUAAGUGAUGAUCAUAUAGUGGUGAUAAACAAUGCUUUCGUCAACUAUAGCAUGCGUUUGUUACAUUCUCAACAUGAUUUUGCUGAAUAACUGCACACCCAUGUUAUGUAUCAGACUUUUCUGAUAAGAGACACACAUGUCCUCUAAGGGAUUCUCCUUCUCUGCUCUUUGAGUGCUGAAAAUAAAUCAUUUAUGACACA